AUGGAAACACUCUGCAAUGAAUUAAAAGUCGAAAUCUUCAGAUAUGUAUUUACACCAAUAGCCCUAGUUCUUCUUAAUUGUAACUGGCACUCUACUUUCCAAGAUCCCCAUGUUCGAGCGGAAUGGAUUAUUUAUAAGUAUGGUAGAGCUCAUGCUCUCUUUCACGCCAUCAGACUAGGGAAUCAUUUCGUGACAGUAGAAGUUGUGCAAAUAUUAGCUAAAAAGGCGAUUAUUUUAAGAUAUUUUAUGCAACGAUUAAUGAUUCAAUUCGGGAAUGAUUUAGAAUUAUUCCAUUAUUUAACAGCCGGUGCUCUCACGAUAAAUCAAGCACCAGCCGUCCUUUUAGAAAAUCUCAAUUAUAUUGAAGAUUUAAAUAAGAAAUUUAUGCUCUUCCACUGCGCUCAAGUCAGUGUGCUUCGACCAAAAGACAUUCCAGCAUACAGAUCACCAUUCGGAGGUGCAACUGAGAAUUAUCUAUCAAGAGAUGGUUAUGAGAAUAACCGUCAAGUAAAUUUAAUAUCAAGGGCGAUUCUAAUCCACCCGGAUCUAGUUGUAUUGUGGAAAAAAAUAGGAUACAAUGAAAUAUGUAGUGAUUUCAAUGAACUGGUCAUAGUGGACACUUUGCUCGUGUGUUUCCCCCCAAAUCCACCGAAUAAUUGGGUAUGCCCAAAAGACUCAAUUAAGUUGUUUGAAUCACGAAUAAAUGUUAUAGGAGAGUCUUUAUUAAAUUCUUUUCAUAAACUUCGAGGAGAUUCAACACCGCCAAUAGUUGAAUCAACCCGUUUUCAAAAUGGUUGA